UGAAUUUACUUACUGAUCCACACUCCGGAACAGAAGGGGGCUGUAAUGUACCAAUAAUACGGUUGGCAUCGCCGUUAAAAAAGAAGAAGAAGAAGCAGAAGACGACGACAGAGGAGAGGGGAGCAGUUCACGAAAUUCAUGUUCAGUGAAGCUCCUCCCACAACAAUCACACGGUCAGUGAUUUCACCAACAAAUGCUGGAAGUUUCCCAUCAGUUUACAAGUGCAGACGAGCAUCAGACCAUCAGGAAGAAAUGGAAUCUAUAAAGACUGAGUUUAUCAAAGAGGAAAGUGAGAACAUGAGUGAUCCAGAACCCUGCAGAAUGAAACACACUGAAGAACAGAGAGACCCGAUGGAAGAGAACGAGAAGAGUGAAGAACUGAGUGAAGUGGAGGAGAAACCUCAUGUCAAUUCUGAAGAGAAACCUCUGAGUCACUCGAAAACUAAAAAGAAAUUUGUUAAGAAAAGAAGACCUGAGAAAUCUUUCACCUGCACUCAGUGUGGAACAAGUUUCACAUACAAAAACGCUCUUGAGAUUCACAUGAGAAUCCACACAGGAGAAAAGCCACACACAUGUGAUCAAUGUGGAAAGAGUUUCCUAUACAAACAAAGUCUUAAGAUUCACAUGAGAGUUCAUACUGGAGAGAGACCACAUGCAUGUGAUAAAUGUGGAAAGAGUUUCCCUUACAGACGAAGUCUUGUGUUUCACAUGAGAGUUCAUACUGGAGAGAAGCCAUUCACAUGUGAUCAGUGUGGAAAGAGUUUCAUACAUUCAUCAAACUUUAAACGACACAUGAAGAUCCACACUGGAGAAAAGCCCUUCACGUGUGAUCAGUGUGGCAAAACAUUUCUUAGGCCAUCACAACUGAAGACACACCUGACAGUUCAUAUGAAGGAGAAGCCACAUUCAUGUUCUUCAUGUGGAAAGAGUUUUUCACAGCUGGAAAGUUUAAAAUCCCAUCAGAAAUUACAUGACGCUGUAAGAGAUUGUGUGUGCUUUCAGUGUGGGAAGACUUUUGCCUCAGUGAAUGUUUUAAAACGGCACCAGAGGUAUCACACUGGAGAAAAACCUUACAAGUGUUCACACUGCGACAAGAGAUUUCGUUGGUCAGUAGAUCUGACAAGACAUGAGUGGAUCCACACUGGAAAGAUGCCACACACGUGUGAUCAGUGCGGGAAGAGUUUCACACGCAAACAAAGUUUUAGAGUCCACAUGCGGAUCCACACGGGAGAGAAGCCAUAUGCAUGUGAUCAAUGUGGAAAGAGUUUCACGUGUUUAUCAAACCUUAAAGGACACAUGAAGAUCCACACUGGAGAAAAGCCACAUGCAUGUGAUCAAUGCGGCAAAACAUUUCUUGUUUCAUCAGCCCUGAAGAAACACCUGACAGUUCAUAUGAAGGAGAAGCCAUAUUCAUGUUCUUUAUGUGGAAAAAGUUUUUCAUGGCGGCAAAGUUUAAAAUCCCAUCAGAAAUUACAUAAUCCUGUGAGAGAUCAUGUGUGCUUUCAGUGUGGGAAGACUUUUGCUUUGGUGAAUCUUUUAAAACGGCACCAGAGGUAUCACACUGGAGAAAAACCUUACAAGUGUUCACACUGCGACAAGAGAUUUCGUUGGUCAGUAGAUCUGAAAAGUCAUGAGAGGAUCCACACUGGAGAGAAACCGCACACGUGUAAUCAGUGUGGGAAGUGCUUUACACGCAAACAAAGUCUUAGAGCACACAUGAGGAUCACACCUUCAGUGAUUUCACCAAUAAAUGCUGGAAUUUUCCCAUUAGUUUACAAGUGCAAACAAGCAUCAAACCAUCAGGAAGAAAUGGAACCUGCAAAGACUAAGUAUAUUAAAGAGGAAAGUGAGAACAUGAGUGAUCCAGAACCCUGCAGAAUGAAACACACGGAAGAACAGAGAGACCUGAUGGAAGAGAACGAGACGAGUGAAGUGGAGGAGAAACCUCAUGUCAAACCUGAGAAAUCUUUCACCUGCACUCAGUGUGGAACAAGUUUCACAUACAAAAACGCUCUUGAGAUUCACAUGAGAAUCCACACAGGAGAAAAGCCACACACAUGUGAUCAAUGUGGAAAGAGUUUCCUAUACAAACAAAGUCUUAAGAUUCACAUGAGAGUUCAUACUGGAGAGAGACCGCAUGCAUGUGAUAAAUGUGGAAAGAGUUUCCCUUACAGACGAAGUCUUGUGUUUCACAUGAGAGUUCAUACUGGAGAGAAGCCGUUCACAUGUGAUCAGUGUGGAAAGAGUUUCAUACAUUCAUCAAACUUUAAACGACACAUGAAGAUCCACACCGGAGAAAAGCCCUUCACGUGUGAUCAGUGUGGCAAAACAUUUCUUAGGGCAUCACAACUGAAGACACACCUGACAGUUCAUAUGAAGGAGAAGCCACAUUCAUGUUCUUCAUGUGGAAAGAGUUUUUCACAGCUGGAAAGUUUAAAAUCCCAUCAGAAAUUACAUAAUGCUGUGAAAGAUCAUUUGUGCUUUGCAUGUGGGAAGACUUUUGCUUCAGUGAAUCUUUUAAAACGGCACCAGAGGAUUCACACUGGAGAAAAACCUUACAAGUGUUCACACUGCGACAAGAGAUUUCGUUGGUCAGUAGAUCUGACAAGACAUGAGAUGUUCCACACUGGAGAGAUGCUGCACACGUGUGAUCAGUGCGGGAAGAGCUUCACACGCAAACAAAGUUUUAGAGUCCACAUGAGUAUUCACACGGGAGAAAAGCCGUACACAUGUGAUCAAUGUGGAAAGAGUUUCUCAUUAAAACAAAGUUUUGAUGUUCACAUGAGAAGCCACACCGGAGAAAAGCCGUACGGAUGUGAUCAAUGCGGCAAAGCAUUUCUUGAUUCAUCAACCCUGAAGAAACAUCUGACAGUUCAUACGAAAGAGAAGCCGCAUUCAUGUUCUUUAUGUGAAAAGAGUUUUUCACGGCUGGACGGUUUAAAAUCCCAUCAGAAAUUCCAUGAUGCUGUGAGAGAUUAUGUGUGCUUUGCUUGUGGGAAGACUUUUGCUUCAGUGAAUCUUUUAAAACGGCACCAGAGGAUUCACACUGGAGAAAAACCUUACAAGUGUUCCCACUGUGACAAGAGAUUUCGUUGGUCAGUAGAUCUGACAAGACAUGAGCAGAUCCACACUGGAGAGAAACCGCACACGUGUGAUCAGUGCAGGAAGAGCUUCACACGCAAACAAAGUCUUAGAGCACACAUGAGGAUCCACACGGGAGAGAAGCCGUAUGCAUGUGAUCAGUGUGGGAAGAGCUUCACACGCAAACAAAGUCUUAGAGCACACAUGAAGAUCCACACUGGAGAGAAGCCGUACGCAUGUGAUCAAUGUGGUAAAACAUUUCUUGUAUCAGCAUCCCUGAAGAGACACCUGACAGUUCAUACGAAAGAGAAGCCACAUUCAAGUUCUUAAUGUGGAACUGUUCACCCUGCGAUGAGAUUCUGAAGCUACACAUGAAGAUCAAUGCAGUGAAGAAACCAGACUACGGUGAUCUGUGCGUGCAGUUUCACACCAUUGGCUUCUUUAUUCACUCACAACAAUCACAGUCUGAAAUCACAGUAAGCUGUUCAUCUCUAUGUGCUGAGCAAUAAAGUCUCUUCUGUGUAAGUUAGUUUCCUAACAACCACAAUUAGUGACAGGACAUAUUGUUGGUUGCUUGGAAAGUAUCUCAUUAUUAUGAGAAAGUAUGUCACUAUUAUGAGAUAUGUCAGGGUCAAUAUGUCAUAUGUCAAUUGGCGGCCUGUGCUAAUUUCAAGUAGUGUUAUUAAGGUUAUGUCGGCGUAAGCACGUCACUGGUGCAAAAAUUAAAAUGAAGCAUCAUUGACAGCUUAGUCUAACAGUAAAAAUAAAAAUCACACUCGUCACGAGUGUGAAAAAAGUGGAAACAGAAAAUAGACAAUACAAAUUUGAAUGGACUGAACAAAUUUAUUUUAUUUUGCCUGACCACCACAACGCAAAGCCACCAUGUUAUGCACGCAGACUAACAUGAAAUGCCAUUUCAAUACAUUGCACAGCAAUUUUGACUACAAUUAUCCAGAACAUUCUGAGAGCCACAAACAGAAGGUAACACAAUUGGUGGUAGCUUACAAGACAAUCGGUUGCUGUUCUUCACAAAAACACAUCCAUACAGGUGAAUGCGUGUGGCUUGGAACCUGGCAAAGACCAAAAAGCCGUUCACAGAUGCUGCAUGAAUUAAAAACUGUGCAAUUCACAUUGUGGAGUAAAUUUUAAAUCACGAUGACAGAGCAAAAAAAAAAUAAAUGGAUGUGGAGCUAUUAAAUAAUCUGCCAUUAUCCGAUUGCAUGGCAACAAGAAGAGCAGAGGUAUUGGCAGGUGAUUGUGUGUCCAAUCUUUUAUUGGACAUAAAGAAAGCUGAAGUCAUGUCACUUGCAAUAGACUCGUCUUGCGACUGAACCGACAUUGAAACAUUGGAUGAUUUUGUAUCUUCACCCUGGAAUAACUGACAAAUGACUUUAGUCCAAUUACGCUCACAUCAGUUCUUUGCAUGUAUGGAGCACAGUGUGUAAGGGAGAUCCAUUGACCCCCUACAGUUUAGAUAUUGGGCCAGUCGGAGCACUGUGGACACCUCCCUCACUCAUUUGAAUAAAGUUCAACAUUAUCUAAAUAAGCCAAAUAUGUUUGUUAGAAUACUCUUUAUGGAGUAAUACUCGCCUUUGUGUUUUAGGUGUUAGUUGUUGGGUGAUAUCAUGGAUUAAGAAAUUAUCAAGAGAUCGACUUCUGCGUGUUCGUAUUAAUAAUGUCAUGUCUGACUGCUUGGUUUUAAAUUCUGGGGUACCGCAGGGAUGCGUCCUGUCUCCAAUACUGUUUUAUUCAUACAUCAAUGAACUGCUUUGUGACGAAGAUUAACCUCUCCCUCAUAAAGUAUGCAGAUGAUAUGGCAUUGGUCUCCUGUCAGAAAGAAAUUAAUUGCUCCUCAUAUUUUGAGUAUAUUGACAUAGACAUUGUGCCCAGGUGCCUCUGAAUUCCUAAUCCGGGCCUGGAUGGAAUGGUGUUAAAAUUUCAUAUCACGAUUAUAGUGACCAAAGUUAAUCACGAUUAUCAGUAUUAUCAAGGUAGAUGAAAACAUUAAUGACAAUGUUCAAAAAGAACUGAUAAUCUCACUGAAAACAUUUUAAAAUGUUUUAUAUUU